GGAAGCCUGCUUGAUCAUCCCAUCUAUGCCAUGUGAUUUUCCUUACAUCGACCCGGGGAAGAGUUCAGGCUUAAAAAGCUUAAGUGUGAAAGGCAGAUUUACAUGAAGAAGCAAGGAAAAGGAAACACUGCCAGCAUCCCCAUUUCUUCCCCAACAGGGAGCAGCAGUGUGCAGGUCUACCAUGACUAUGAGAAGGUGGCCUUCAAGAUGCAUUCUGGAAAUGGUCAUGCUGCAGAAAACAGUUCUCAUCCCAGGAGAGACCAGCUCUCCAGCCGAGCUAGUGCCAACGUUCCAGACAUCAACUCCAUCAGCCACGAAGAAAAGCGCAGCACGAAAGACGAGAUUGGCCACAGGAGCUUCAUAAGGACGAUGGAGUCAAGCAGCCAGGGCUACUCGGGGCCAGAAGACAACUCAACAGACCCACAUGAGACCCUGACAGAGACUUCAACUCUGACUUUUGUGGAUGGACGCAGUACGGAGGAGUCAGCAGAGAGCCGCAGUCUCCACGGAGUGGGGAUGGUUUAUCUCAAGGAGUUUGUGCUCAUAGAUGAUGAUGAAGACGGGGAUAUGUCGCUAAGAGAGAAAACAGUGACAGACGUGUCCUUGAUGGAUGGAAAAGCUGCAGACCUGGUGUGCAGCAGGCUUUUGUCCACCUCCAGCGGUUCAGUGUCAGAGUACAAGGAAACAUCUGCUCCUGACGCGCCUCCUCCUGAGGAGCCUGAAGCUGCACAUGAAAAGAAAAGCUGCUGUUUGUGCACACUUUUAUGACCCUUCAGGAUCUCACAGCUUUGUGUCCAUCAUAUGAACCGUGAUACUGUCUGUGAUAGAAACCUGAGCAGUCACUCGUGGUAUGGGAAGCAGAAGAAGAUUACAUUCCUGACAUGCUUUUUUAGCAACCAGCAAAACAUGUUCAUGUUCAAACAUCAACCACUAAU